AUGAUGGUCAAUGAGAGAUAUCAUUCCUAUAUCCUGCUUGAACCGCUCGGGGAUUCUCUACCACAGAGACGAACGUCCCGUCACGUUCACGUGUCCUGCCUCGCUUAUGUUGUCCUUGCCGGCCUAUUCAUCGCUUCUGUUGUCCUCAACAUCGUUCAUUUCGUUAGAAGCACACACUCCCCGCCAGCGCCGCUCGAUGAUUACCAGCAACUAAAAUUAUACCCACUCCUCAACGAGUCUACCAUACCGUCUCUGUCCGAAGAUUUUUGGCGCAGCGCCGCUGUCGUCACCACCCUAUACUCCGAUUCUUACGCUCCUGCCGUGGCGACGCUCGGCCACUCACUACGCCUGGUACAUACCUCCGCUCGUUUAGUCCUCCUCUAUAUCCCAUCCAAGGUGUCUACAGAGGCCCUGUGCAUAGCUACGUCCUCUGGAUUUGUCGCCUAUCCCGUUGAGCGCAUCCCUCCACCCACACACAGCCACGGCAUGCACGAGCAGUACGCUGACCAGUACACGAAGCUCAGACUCUGGUCACUUGACGUGCUGCCUGACCCAAUUACCAGCCUGGUAUACGUCGACAGCGAUACUCUCGUCCUCCAUAACUUCGACGAACUCUUCUCUCUUCCAUACACCUUCGCGGCAGCGCCAGAUGUCUGGCUUGGCCAGCGCGGCUUCACGCUCGAAUUCAACGCCGGCGUACUCUUCCUCCGGCCGGACAGCAGGCUCUUUAACUCUAUGCUUGCGGCGCUGGAGAUUGCACGGUAUCCACCCGGAUGGGCCGAGCAGGCGUUUUUGAAUCAGUACUUCGCGACCGACGUCCUGCGCCUACCACUCGCAUACAACGGGAACCUUGUCAUCAAGGAACGCACGCCCAAUGUAUGGGACAGCCUCCAGGGCGAGAUGCGCAUCAUACAUUACACCAUGAUCAAGCCGUUCCUUUCGAGUGAUGGCAAGGGCAUGCCACUCGACCGCCUCGAGGAGCGCGUGCGAGCCGCAGCAGAGGAGCUCAGAGGGGUGUACAGGGAAGAGGUGCUGCAGUGGGGCGACAUGUGGCGGGAGACACGGAGGGUGUAUGCUGAUAGGCUUCGAGAAUGCAUAAUUCGCUGACGGGCGCGCAUAUAUCCAUAUUGCGGUACGUCUGCGGUCUGUGCGUCCUCCAACAGUAUCAUGAUUCCGCGGGUAUUGUGAUGAAUUUCAAUUUCGCACAGCCAAUAUCACUCGUUCCACUUGGAGUGUUCGUUUUCUAUGUUGGCAGCACACAGUUGU